AUGACGGCGCGCGGGGCCCGCACGAAGAUGCUCAAGUCCAUUGAGAACCUGCGCCAGUCCGCGUCAACGCAAAUGGCCAACCUCGAUGCGUUUGCAGAGGAGAUCCAGCGCGGGCGGUACGACCACGCGUUGGCAAAGAUGCUGGACAUGGUGCUCGUCCCGCGGCCGCCCCACCUAGCACACCUCGCACCCUUUGCCACCAAGUUUGUGCAGACGCUGGGCGGGUUGGUUCUGCUGUACACGGGCGAUCGCAUUCGCCUCCGCCGUCAGGAAAUCGAAACCCUUCUCCGCACCCUCGACACGGGCAAAGACCACCCAAUGUUCAGUGCGCGGGACCGCGAACAGCUGCAGACGUGGCUGCUCACCAUCGAGGCAAAACUGCCACAGACGCCAUCAAACAGCAGUGGCAACGUCGCGGCCGAGGACCGCCCUCGCGACCGCGCAGUGAAGUCCACGCCACCCCCCACCUCAUCACGCAGCCGCCACUUCACCCCGCGCAUGCUCCAACAGCAGCAACAGCAACAGCAACAUCAACAGGCCAUGGCCCAACAGCAGCAGCAACAGCUGCUGUCGCAGGUGCCGCCCCCGGGCCAUCCAGGGCUUCCUGAUUCGGUGGCGAUGGGAAUGCAAGGCCUGCCAUCAGCAGCACUGCAGAUGAAGAUGUUUGCAGCAUCCUACAAGCCAUUCGAGCCACAACAGCAGCAGCAGCAGCAACAGCAACAGCAACAGGCAUUCUCGCGCCCAUUGCACCACCAGCAGAUGCAGCCACAGCAACAGCCACGCCAGAGAAGCGGCGGAAUGGUGGAUCCCUUCUCCUCCACGCCAAAUGUGCUGACUCAGCAGCAGCAACCGAUGAUGAUUCCUCCAGCCAACGCCUCUGACAUCUGGGGAUCAGUGUGUGACAUUCCCUUCGGGUUUGAUCCCGCACAGCGCCGCGAUUCGCGCUCAUCAUAUGGGGACAGCAUCUACGGGAGCCAGGAGCUGCCGACAGAUCAGCGGCAAGCACGGCACUCGUUUCCCCUCACUAACCCUUACGACGCCGCAGCCAUCGCCUUCCACCAGGCAGGACAACAGCAACAACAGCAGCAGCAGCAGCAGCCUCAACAAGUGGCCUCUCCUCUCCACCAGCAGCAGCAACCACAGCAGCACUUUGUGGCUGUGCCGUCCACGUCUACACCCGCCACGACAGCGGUGACGUCCAGUGUUGCCAGCCUCUAUCAUGGGCACCACCACCAUCAACACCACCAGCUUCAGCACCAUCACAGCAACACCAGCACGUACACGGAGGAGGACGACGAUGACGACGACCUCUUCUCGAAGAUUUGCUAUGAUGUCGCAGAGACGUCCAUCCGCGACACAUGA